GUUGACUGCUGCGUUGAUUGUGUUUAGUCCCAUUUCCCACCACAACUUAAUUUUACCAAUUUUUAGUCUAUUAGUGUCAAAAGUAUAGGUCAACUAUCAAUAAACAAUGACUAGGGGUGGCAGGACAGAACUAGGGGACAUAACCCCCCACAACAUCAAACAGCUGAAGAAACUGAACCAGGUUGUCUUUCCUGUCACUUACAAUGAUAAGUUCUACAAAGAUGUCUUAGAAGUUGGGGAGCUAGCCAAACUUGCAUAUUACAAUGACAUUGUAGUUGGAGCUGUAUGUUGCCGUGUUGACACAUCAGAGAAUCAACGACGUCUCUACAUCAUGACACUAGGAGCCCUGGCACCAUACAGGCGCCUAGGUAUAGGAACUGUGAUGCUGGACCAUGUUCUGGACAUCUGUACCAAGGAUGGGAACUACGACAAUGUCUUUCUACAUGUCCAAGUGAACAAUGAGGGUGCGAUCAAAUUCUACGAAAAGCACGGCUUUGCGAUUGUAGAAGAGAAAAAGAACUAUUACAAACGUAUAGAACCCGCGGACGCCUACGUUCUACAGAAAACAUUCAGGAGCAAAACAGACUCCAAGUCUUAGUGCAUUAGGAUGAUUAACUAGUUAUAUACUUGAAUAAUCAUAGUGUGUUUCUAUCAUAGGUAUUAAUUUUGUGCUUUGUAUAUACAAAUUGUGGCAUAAUAGUAUGUUUCUUUCAGGCUAUUAGUAUCACACCGAUUUUGAUAAUUACUGGGCCAUUGCCUAGUUCCAGACAGUGCCUAAAUGGUCCGACACAUAGUAAAAAGUAAUAACGAUAAUACUUAAAAGCAAAUGUUAUUUAACAGUUAAACAAAGAUGAAAAAUCUUUAAUCAAGAUAUAAUUUACGAUGAUUGAAGACAUUUAAAUCAUAUUGGUUGAAUUGCAAAUGUAAAAGUCAUGUUGGGAAAUUUUUAAUCAACUUGCACAGGUAUUGUAAAAACCCUUAAAACAGUGAUCAGGUUUAGGCACUGUCCAAGUGUUUCUUCGUAAUGAUUAUGUGCAUUAUCAUUUGUCAUAUUUUCUUUGUAAUAAACUUGUUUUCAAAUAUCA